GCCAGAAAAAUUCUCUUUUUCUGUCACAUAUAAUAUUUAUUCAACUCUGCUCACUCCGGCAAGACCACAUUCUUCUAUCUCAUUUCCGAUUCCGUCACACCACCGUCAAUUCACCGUUGAACACAACCAAACACUCAACCUCUUCCGUUAAUUUCACGUCAAGUCAAACGGCGGUCAAAACAUUCAACAACAACUUCAAAUUCUUCCUCUGUAAGUGUCGUGAUUCGUGAAGAGAAUUUGUGUGUGUUUUGAGAGGUUGAUGGUAGUGUGCGUGAUUGUUGUUGUUGUUGUUGUUGAUGAUGACCGGAGAUUGCAUCGACGGCUGGUGGUGGUCCGGUGAAUCUGUCACAUGGAAUGGCAGAUCUUGUUAGUUACGGUAACGGAAACCGUGACAUUGAGCAGGCAUUAAUUGCUCUGAAGCAGGGCACGCAUUUACUAAAAUAUGGCCGCAAAGGGAAGCCCAAAUUUUGUCCGUUUAGACUCUCUCACGACGAAUCAUCUUUAAUUUGGAUUUCCAGCAGUGGUGAAAAGAGCUUGAAAUUAACGUUGGUGUCUAGAAUUAUUCCCGGACAAAGAACUGCUGUCUUCCGGCGUUAUUUACGUCCUGACAAGGACUAUCUUUCAUUUUCUCUCAUAUAUAACAACGGGAAACGAUCUCUUGAUUUGAUUUGCAAGGACAAAGUUGAGGCUGAAGUGUGGAUUACAGGCCUCAAAGCACUGAUAUCCUCAAAACAACGUUCCAAGAUUGAUGGAUGGGGUGAAGGUGGCCUCGGUUUUGACGACAAUAAAGAUAUAACAUCAAACAGUGCAAGCGACAGUUCCGUUAGUGCACCGCAAAAUUUAAGUUCCCCAGACGCUUCUGUUAGUACAAAUUCAAAUACUUCCCCUAUGAAUUACCGUCUAGAAAAUCCUUCCAAUUUCGAAAGGUCAAAUGUACCUUUUGACCAAACAACUAUGCAAGUCAAAGGGUUCGGUUCAGAUGUUUCUAGGGUUAGUGUUUCUAGUCAACCAAGUACUUCUAGUCACGGGUCAGCCCAAGAUGAUUACGAUGCUUUAGGAGACGUGUAUAUAUGGGGUGAAGUAAUCUCCGAUAGUAUUAUCAAAGUGGGCCCCGAUAGAAACACUAAUUCUUUAGCCUCUUUAACCACAAGAACGGAUAUACUUCUACCGAAACCGAUAGAAACAAACGUUGUUUUGGACGUAAAUCAUAUAUCAUGCGGGGUGAGACACGCGGCUCUAGUGACUAGACAAGGUGAAGUAUUCACAUGGGGUGAGGAAUCGGGUGGUAGGCUCGGUCACGGGUUUGAAAAAGACGUUACUACCCCUUGUCUAGUCGAGUCGUUAUCCGUUUGCAACGUCGAUUUCGUUGCGUGUGGCGAGUUCCAUACGUGCGCUGUUACGAUGUCGGGCGAGCUUUACACGUGGGGAGACGGGACCCACAAUGCCGGGCUUCUCGGGCAUGGUAAAAACGUCAGUCACUGGGUCCCGAAACGGAUCACGAAAUCGCUCGAGGGGCUUAAAGUCGCAUCGGUCAGUUGCGGACCGUGGCAUACGGCUUUGAUAACGUCAACCGGACAGCUUUUUACAUUCGGUGACGGGACUUUCGGCGUUUUAGGUCACGGUGACCGGGAAAGCGUUGCCUGCCCGAGAGAAGUCGAAUCGUUAUCGGGGUUACGAACGAUUGCGGUUGCAUGUGGGGUAUGGCACACGGCGGCAGUAGUGGAAGUAAUCGUAACGCGGUCGAGUUCCGGUGUUUCGUCCGGAAAGCUAUUCACGUGGGGUGACGGUGAUAAAAACCGUUUAGGUCACGGAGACCGUGAGGCGCGGCUCAAACCGACAUGUGUCCCGUUAUUGAUCGAGUACAAUUUCCACAAAGUUGCGUGCGGGCAUAGUUUGACCGUAGGUUUGACCACAUUACGACAGGUUUUCACCAUGGGAAGUACGGUUUACGGUCAACUUGGAAACCCUCAAUGUGACGGAAAAUUACCGUGUUUAGUCGAAGAUAAAUUAUCCGGUGAGCCUGUAGACGAAAUCGCUUGCGGGGACUACCACGUGGCGGUUUUAACAUCCCGAAAUGAGGUUUACACAUGGGGUAAAGGCGCUAAUGGCAGAUUAGGUCAUGGAGACAUCGAAGACCGAAAAACACCAACUUUAGUCGAAUCGUUAAAAGACCGACACGUGAAAUUUAUCGCUUGCGGGUCAAACUACACGUCAGCAAUUUGUCUACACAAAUGGGUUUCGGGAACCGAACAAUCUCAAUGUGCAUCGUGCAGACAAGCUUUUGGGUUCACUAGAAAACGACACAACUGUUAUAACUGCGGGCUCGUUCAUUGUCAUUCUUGUAGUUCAAGAAAAGCAUUACGAGCAGCUUUAGCUCCUAACCCAAGCAAACCGCACCGCGUGUGCGAUUCGUGUUUCGUUAAGUUAACCAAAUUGGCUGAAACCAGUGCUGUUAACCGACGAAACAUUAUGCCUCGGCUUUCCGGUGAAAAUAAAGACAGAUUAGAUAAACUGGAACUUCGAUUAGCGAAAUCUGGAUUACCGUCAAAUCAAGAUUUAAUCAAACUGUUGGAUAAUAAAGCGGCUCGACAAGGGAAAAAAGCCGAUGUAUUUCCAGUUCCAGUAGGUCGUUCUUCGCAGACGAAUACUUUGUUACAGCUUAAAGACAUUGCGUUGGCCACUGGAGGUGAUUUUCGUUAUAUGGUUCCGAAACCGAUUGUGACUCAGUCGGUUUCUGGGUCCAGGCCGGUUUCACCUUUUUCGAGAAAAUCAAGCCCGCCACGUUCUGCUACACCUAUUCCUACAACGUCCGGACUUUCUUUCUCCAAAAAUGUUGCUGAUAGUUUAAAGAAAACAAAUGAUCUCCUGAAUCAAGAAGUUCUUAAAUUACGUGGACAGGUUGAGAAUUUGAGACAUAAAUGUGAAAUUCAAGAAGCGGAGCUAAUAAAAUCAAGAAAACAAGCACAGGAAGCAAUGGUAUCGGCUGCUGAGGAGUCUGCAAAAUUUACCGCUGCAAAAGAUGUGAUCAAAUCUCUUACUUCCCAGCUUAAAGAUAUGGCAGAAAGAUUGCCACCUGGAUCCUAUGACCUCGACAGCAUAAAGAUACCAAACGGUCUGGACUUCAAUUCGAUCGUACAAAAUCCCGAUACAAAUGCCAACAAUCACUCAAAACCAAACCUCCCGAUCUCUCCAACCACAGCUUCUACACCGGGCCCCACGGAAACAUUCACUGAAACCAAGGAAUCAAUACACGUGUCAAACGAGAAUCAUAGCUAUUCAGAUGCUAGAUCUCUUAAUGGAAGUGCAGGGGUAGAUUUGGGAAAUAAGUAUUCGUCCGAUAACGCAGCUUCACAAGGGGAGAAUAAUGGGGUCCAAACUAGAAAUCCGGCAUCCAAUAGUGGGAAUAAUACCUAUAAUGCCCCUGAUCAAGUCGAGGCUGAAUGGAUUGAGCAGUAUGAGCCUGGUGUCUAUAUAACACUUGUGGCUUUACGUGAUGGAACCAGAGAUCUCAAACGCGUUCGCUUCAGCCGUAGGAGAUUUGGCGAACACCAAGCGGAGACAUGGUGGUCAGAAAACCGUGAAAAUGUUUACGAAAGAUAUAAUGUUCGCGGGUCAGAUAAAGCAUCGGUCUCGGCCCAAUCCGCUCGACAGUCGGCUGAAACUCUACCAUCACCUGCCCAGUAUUAAGAUCAUCUUCCUCCCAAUUUUUUUUUUCCAGAUUUUAUUUUUAGUUUGUGAUUUAUGAAUAUAUUAGAGGGUUCAUUGGUGUUUUUCCAUGCAUUGUGAUGUAGUGUACAUAUGUUUUUAAUUAUUUAUAUGAUUAUAUUUCUGCUAA